GCAAAAUGAGACUCCAUUCUGUGCAAGAAAAGAAGACGGGGAAUAAAAAAUCGCUGUAGAUUUAUAUUCCAAGGGUCCAAUUCCCUCCUCAUCUCCGGGGAUAGGACUUGUCCCGGGCGUUUCAGGGCCUGGCCAUGGCCGAGCGCUCCAUGCAGGAGAGGCCCUUGGGGGCUCCCGGCCCCUCGCAAACAGCUCCGUGUCCUGGACUGAGGAGAAAAUUCUUCAAAUGAAUGGAGAGGAAGGAAACCACGCAGGGAGGCUGUCCUCUCCUAGCCGCCCAGUUUUGCCUUGUUAGAUGGGCAUUAGCAAAGCAGGCUGCUCCCUGCACUCACAUGUGAAAGCACCAUUGUCUUUGUGCUGCAUCCUGAUGAAUUCUGCAGAUUUUUACCCAUGCAAAAGCCUCCCUGUUGUUUGCAGCACCAGCGGGAUGGAGGCGCCUCGGCUUUAGCGCGGCGAGCGCAGCGGGAGCGCGUUGCUGUCGAGGUUUGCUCCCCCACGCAGAGGCGAGUUCCCCUCUCUUAUCUCUCUUGUUAGUUCUCUACAGGCUUUCCCGUUUCCUCAUAACACAUUCCUGGAAAAGAGAGGGUGGGAACUGAAAUACUACUUAAGGCCAAUCUCUGUCGCUUCCCACUGCCGCUGUGCUCAGGACAGCAGGCGAGCCGGAGUCCUCCUGGUUUUCUGCAUCGCAUACGGAUCUUCCCUGCUGGAUUAGGGCAAACCUUUGCUGCUGGUGGCUGCCACAUUAGGAAAGACUGAAGCCGAGCAGAGGAGCUUCUGAUCAGGAAAUCAGGGUGCGGAAGAGGCAAUAUGCUGGAUCAGAUCCAUCUGCUGGCUGCUGUGACGGUUUUGGGCGUCCUGGAGCAAGCCUACUUCCUCCUCCAGGUCAUCCAUGCCAGGCGAGCAUACGGCAUUUCUCCUCCAAAGAUCUCAGGCCCACCUGAAUUUGAGAGGAUCUUUCGAGCACAGGUGAAUUCCUCCGAAUAUUUUCCCAUUUUCCUGGCACUUCUAUGGCAGGCCGGCCUCUUCUUCCACCAAGGUCUGGCUGCAGCCCUGGGUCUGAUCUAUCUCUGCUCUCGCUACUGGUACUUUACGGGAUACAAGGCAUCGUCAUCGGGAAGGCUCGGUCCCAUAUACUUCAGCACCGGAGUUCUCUGGGUCCUCGUCGCAGUGGCAGCCCUGGGCCUCUCACAUUUCUUCCUCACUCACUACAUGGGCCUGAAUGUCCUGUGGCUCCUCGCGCUGUGACAUACGCGGUCCUCAUGGGUGUCCUCUCCUUCGAGUCCUUCAAGUCUCCUUCUCAGUGGUGGCCAG